AUGGCUUCCGCAGUUCGGGGAAAGAUAGUUUCUGUGUUCAAAUUACACGGCCUCUCGCUCAAAACAGAGGCAACAAAGUUUCUGACAGAAGUACUGAGCCCCCUGACUGAAGUUGAGCUGGAGGAUUGGCUCGAUAAAAUUGUAGAAGGCGUUCAGAAACAACCAUUAUCUUCCUCCCUCGUCGAUCGAGAAAUCGCCGAGCAAGCUGUACAGGAGUGUAGUCAGUCAUCGGAGGACGACAGUGAUAAAGCCUUCACUAUCAUCGACGCUUUCAGCGUGCCGAGAUUUAUCUUCAAUCCGGACAGGAAAAAGUUUCUUCCGAGCAGUGGAUGUGUGGCACUGCAUUCCAAUAAUGCAAAUGCUAAACCGGAGGUAAGCUCACCGGCAAGGCAAGGUUCAAACGCCGACAUUUUCAUGAGCCGAACCCAAUUCGAAUUAAGGCCGACCCAAAUUAUUUAGACCGGCUGAAUUGAUUCAGACGCCGAUCUUAAUUGCAGCUGAACUAAGUUCAAAAAGGGAAAAAUGCUGAUUUCGGUCAAACUGCUUACAAAAUAUGUUAUAAUAAUUUAUGCUUUAGGCUCGGUACCCGGGGGGGGGUACUCCCACACAUUACCUAUAUGGGUAUGUGCCGCCCGACGGGGUCGUGAUUUUGAAGCUCCUGAUUUAGAACGGGGUAUCCAUUUCAGAGGCGUUUUCUAGAACGGGGUAUAAAAAUUGUGGAUCACGGCUUUAUCUUCUGCUUAAAAUUGUUGCUGAUUAUGAAGAAGCAUUUAUUUGAUGUAUAAGUCGAACAAAUAAAGAAAUAUCUUUUUAAAAAAACAGGGCUAUUUCAAUUUACAAACUUUCUAGAACGGAGUAUAAAAAAAUGGCCCAUUUCUAGAACGGGGUAUCAGUUUUAGGGCGAAUUCCGGAACGGGGUAUAAAAAAUCGGCCCAUUUCUAGAACGGGGUAUCAAUUUUAGGGGAAAUUGUUUUUAGAACGGGGUGCCAAUUUGGAGUCCCGGGCGGCACAUACCCACCCAAAAAAUACCCAAGUGCCCGCUCCGGGGCUCGGUACAUGAAAAGUUCGUCGUCUGAAUCAAAGCCAUUCCAAAGUCGCUCCAAAGGCGAAAUGUUUGGCCAGGCUAGACGAAAAGAACGGCUGAACUGUUCCAAAUUGAAACAGGCGUUCGUAACUGAUUCAGACGCCGAACUUUUCAUGUACUUAAUUCAAUGUAUUAGGUUCAGCUAUUGAAAAGUUUGGCAUCUGAACCGGGCCUAAGUUCUUCAUAAUGAGCUCAAACCCCUCCCCCCCAAAAAGGCGAAGGCAGCAAAAAUAGCUCCAGACAAUUGAAAAUAAAAUGCAAAUAUCGAGGCAAAUUUUAAAAAGGGAAAUAUUGAACUCAGAGCUAGAAUUUUGCCUGCUUCCUCUCCUCCCGCGAAUUUAAUACUCUGAGCCUGGUUAGGUGGUCCUUUACCUAUGAGGGUAGUUAGUGUUGGAGAAACUGAGAAUCAAACUAAGUUGAAACCAUUUAAACCUCAAUUUCAUUUUGACCUAAAACGCCUGCACUGCUCUUCCCACUCUUCAUAAGACUCCCACAGUGUCUGGUUUGAAACAUUUGAAAACCUUUUAUAAUAGCCUUGGCAGUUUCAAUAAAAUUCAGCAGAGGCAACUUUGAAGUCCUUUUGUAACAGCCAAAGAAAGCAAAAUUUUUUUUCUGUUUUGUUUCAGCCUCGCUCUCAUUAGAGGCCCAGGGCUGCGUUGCCCCAGCUACACUGUAUUUUGAGUGUGAGUGUGGCUUCUCAGUUAGAAGCAUGAUACUGACGGCUAAAGAAAACGUCAACUCCCUGGCUACCCCUUCGUUGUUUUGCCUGUGUCAUAAUAUAAUGGAGUCCUGUUGGGACAGCGGGGAUUUAUGUAAUUUUUCAAGUUCCUUAUAUUUUGCUAUAUUUAGGAUGGGGCUGUAAUUAACUGAGGCAUCGCCACUUGUUAAAGGAUUACCCAGAGGUGGGUUGGGGCAAUAAACAUUUUGCAAAUUAAUUUACUCAUGCACUGAUUUUUGUCUAUUCUUUGACCAGGUGUUUAGAGAGAGGUACAAUAUUUUAUACCAGAGAACCAUGAGACAUGAGUUGUUUUCACCUGUGGCUGAAGGGGCUAAUCAGAAUCAAGUGGCAGAAAAAUUUGCUCUCAAGCCAGUGGAGUUUCUCCUUGGAAGCACAGCUAAACUAGGGCAGCUUAUUGUACUGGGCAUGAUGACGCAAAUCAAGGAGGGGAAAUACUUCCUUGAAGAUCCCACUGGGGUGGUGGAACUGAAUUUGAGACAGGCUACAUUCCACACUGGUCUUUACACUGAAAACUGCUUUGUGCUUGCAGAAGGUGCUUAUGAAGAUGGUAUUUUUCAUGUCAAAGCAUUGGGCUUUCCACCAGCUGAACCAGGACAGGUGACCAGAAAUCACUUUGGCAACAUCAACUUUUUUGGUGGACCAUCUUCUACCAGCCUGAAAGCUUCAGCAAAGCUUAAAGCAAUUGAGAGGGAGAAUCACGAUGCCAUGUUUGUGAUAUUGUCAGAUGUUUGGCUAGACCAGCCUAGAGUAAUGGAGAAGCUGCGGGCUCUGUUCUCAGGGUACUCUGCAGCACCUCCAGCCUUGUUCAUCCUGUGCGGUAACUUCACAUCAGAGCCACAUGGGCCUCAUCAUUAUCACACUCUUAAAGAAUCGUUCCAAGCAUUUGCCAAACUAGUGGCUGAGUUUCCACCGUUAAUAGAGAACAGUCGCUUUGUGUUUGUACCAGGCACCCAAGAUCCAGGACAAGGCAACAUCCUACCACGGCCUCCGAUUCCUUCAUUUUUUACUUCAGCAAUCACUGCAAAAAUCCCCCUCAGUAUCUUUACAACCAAUCCUUGCAGGAUCCAGUACUGCACACAGGAGAUCAUUGUAUUACGUGAAGACCUCAUCAACAAGAUGUGCCGUAACUCAACUAAUCUGCCAUCGGACUUAAAAGACAUACCUGUUCAAUUAAUGAAAACCAUCUUAGCUCAAGCUCAUCUGUGCCCUAUUCCUCCUUAUGUGAGGCCCAUAUAUUGGACUCAGGAUCACUCCCUAAGGGUUUAUCCUGUGCCAGAUCUCAUGAUACUAGCAGAUAAGUACGACCCUUACACGUGCUCGAGUUUAGAGUGUGUUUGUACAAAUCCCAGCUCUUUUGCUAGAAAUGAGUUUGCAUUUAAGGUGUACUGGCCAUCAACUAAGGAGCUUGAGGACUGUAAGAUUACUGAUUAGGUGUAAAUACUGCCUCUGACAUCUGCUUUGUCUAUUUUCCAGACAUAGCCAUCUUGCUCAUUUUGACUUGUAAAGAAUAUAUUUACAGCAUUGUAUUUAGAGAAAACAAAUAGUACCCGAUCACAAAAAUGCAGACAGAGAACAGAAAGCUUAAACUGUGAAAUACAUGUAUCAUGCAAGUUUUACUGAAAAGGUUGUCAAACGAAAAUAGGCGAAUAAAAGGUUUUUUCUCACUGAGAUC